GCGUUCGCCGCACUCUGCCACUCAGAACUCGGUUCACUCACUCUUCAGUCACACGGCAACACCCGCAGUUGCGCCACAAGUUUUGUUUGUGGGAAUGGCUCCUUAACCUCCUCCCAACAGUUUAAGCCAAGUGUUCCUAAUUUUCGAUAAAUUAGGAUACUAAAUAUCAAAUUAUACUCACUUACCAGAUAAUAGUAGUGAAAACUAAACUACACUGUGCAUUCACGUCGGGCGCGUGCUGUUUCAUUGCACAACUCAACCGGCUUAUGGCAUCCAGAAUGGCGAAAUACCGCAGCCGAUCAUCAAAGGUUCUCAUCAGCGGACUUCCCCCGCAUGUUCGCUUCGACAACAUCGAGCCUCUGCUGUCACAGUACGGCAACGUGCAGCAAUGCGACAAAGCCAGCUCCCGCGAUCCCAACACCCAGGCGGUUUUUAUCACGUUCGAGACUCCGGAGCAGGCGUUGCAGGCUAUCAACGGGUUGAACGGCUGUGAACUGGAAGGUAGCCGUAUGAAGGUAGAGGCCGCCGAGCAGAACGCGCGGGGCGGACGGCGGGGACGCCCGGGCGGCGGCCGCGGCGGCGGCGGCGCGGCGGGCGGCGGCUCGCGGCCCACCGACUUCCCGCUGCGGCUGCUCGUCCAGAGCGACAUGGUCGGCGCCAUCAUCGGCCGCCAGGGCAGCACCAUCCGCCUCAUCACACAGCAGAGCCGUGCGCGCGUAGACGUCCACCGCAAGGACAACGUGGGAUCCCUCGAGAAAGCCAUAACUAUUUAUGGCAACCCAGAGAACUGCACCAACGCGUGCAAGAGAAUACUCGAAGUGAUGCAACAAGAGGCCAACAAUACUAACAAAGGUGAUAUAUCCCUUCAAAUCCUAGCGCACAACAACCUAAUUGGACGUAUCAUCGGCAAGGGUGGGAACACUAUCAAGCGGAUCAUGCAAGAAACCGAUACCAAGAUCACGGUUUCUUCUAUCAAUGAUAUCAAUAGCUUCAAUUUGGAGCGGAUCAUCACCGUCAAGGGCACUAUUGAAAACAUGGCUAAAGCCGAGUCACAGAUAUCGGCAAAGCUCCGUCAGAGCUACGAAAGCGACCUGCAGGUGUUGGCGCCACAAAGCAUAAUGUUCCCGGGACUGCACCCGAUGGCGAUGAUGUCGACUGGUCGCAGCUUCUGCGGCGCUCCGCCCCCAUUCCAGCCGCCGAUCUACGCGCCGCUGGCCGGCCAAGGCGGCGCCCAACAAGGAGCCGGGGAUAGCCAGGAAACUACAUACCUUUACAUCCCAAACAAUGCUGUGGGCGCCAUCAUCGGCACCAAGGGAUCACACAUCCGCAACAUAAUUCGGUUCAGCCGAGCGUCGGUUAAGAUAGCGCCUUUGGAGCAAGAAAAGCAAGGCGAGAACCAGAAUGCUCAACAGGAGCGCAAGGUCACAAUUGUUGGCAGCCCUGAAGCCCAAUGGAAAGCACAAUUCUUGAUUUUCGAGAAAAUGCGAGAGGAAGGUUUCAUGUCUGGCUCAGAGGACGUGCGACUGACGGUGGAGAUAGUCGUUGCGUCGUCCCAGGUGGGCCGGAUCAUCGGCAAGGGCGGGCAGAACGUGCGCGAGCUGCAGCGCAUGACCGGCUCGCUGAUCAAGCUGCCCGAGCAGCCGCAGCAGGCCGGCGGCGCGCAGCAGGACCACGACACCACCGUGCACAUCGUCGGACCCUUCUACAGCGUCCAGUCGGCUCAGCGCCGCAUCCGCGCCAUGGUCGCGCAGGCCAGCGCGCCGGGCCGCCGCCGCGCCGCCCCGCCGCCGCCGGCGCAGCAGUAAUCGGCCUCCGCUCCCCGACCACACCACCUCACCCCCAGCCCUCGCAACACAUACAACCUGCCAGCCUCGGCGUCUCCUGAACGCAACAUGGCUAGUAACAUUUACUCUAUUCGAUCACAGUUUGUGGUUAACACUGGUUUUCAAAUCGUAGAUUUCUACUUGAACACUACAUAUACAGGCUGUUGAGUUGACAGCGUGUGUCCAAAUGUUGUUGUUGACAUAAUUAUAUUAUUGUAGUGAAUUGUAAGUAAUUACUAUUAAUAAAUCCAUAUUUUAUCCCGGAUUAUCUAUGUUGACAAUGAUUAAUAUUUGAAUAUAAUAUAUAUUAUAUAUAUACUUUUAAUAUACACAAUUUUUUUUGUCGAAUAUGUCAGUUAUAUGAAUUAGUGCCGUGAAUAUAUUUAAUUGUUAUAUUGUUUUUCAUACCAUGUUAUUCUGCUACAUAUUGUGAAGAGUUGACUAAGAAUGCAAUAGUUAAUGAUUCUGUUCUCUAUAUACAUAUACACAUGUUGAUAACAAUAGCUAUUAUAAUAUUAGAACCACAUCAUUAUUAUACUAACGAGAGGAAGUACAUAUUUUGUUUUGUUAUAAUAAUAAUAAUAGAUUAAUCUGUUGAGAGCACUUCACUAUACUGUUGAAUAUUAUUUAAAGGGUGUGUGUGGGAUAAGAUUAGGAACGGAUAAAUACACACGAUAUCGUUUUACCGAGGAGGCUCAAUAGACGAACAGAUGUUUAGACGAGUGUAAGAAUAUUUUCUUUGAAACGAUACAUGGAAUUUCUGCAUGCAUGCUGAUGAGAACGUGUUGUACUAUGGUGUUAUGGAUUCGACGUGUGCGUUGGGUGUUAAGUAACUAAUCCAAAGAGUGACCGCCGAUCCGGUGUGGAAUCGGCAAGGUAGCGACGAGCCUUGACUAGACUGCGGCGGCGCCCCGCCCGCCGCCGCGCGCCCCGUGCGCUCUCUACAUUACGGAAACGAUGCAUCCACUCCAUGUGGAUAUAAAUAUUUUUGAUAUACUAGUAAUUGUUGGAGAAUAAGAAUUAAACUUAUGAGUUUUAAUUUGUAAGUGACAUUUGUUGAUCGUUUUCUUUGUAAUUUUGUCUUUGUUAGCUUUAUAAUGUUUUCUUGUAUUGAAACUUAAAGAUUUGAAAAUUAAUACGAUACCGUAGCGUAUGGUGCGAGUGAAAACGUAUUAUUUGGUUCUAUCAUAAUAUGUUUUAUUAUUCAAAUGUACGAUUUGCGUUAUGUGCCAAGUGAGAUAUUUAAUUAACUAUGAGAGAUUAAGAUUAAGUGAAUAAUAUCAAAAUUAAUGAAAAGCUUAGAUAUUUAUAUUUAUAAUUGUGAUAAUAAUAUAUGGAAGUUUUGGCAAAAAAAAAAUCUGAGAAUGUAUUACAUUCUUAUUUCCACUUGAAUUUUAGGUUAGAUAACUUUUUAAUUUUGGUAAGGCAGUAGGUAGAGAGUCGCGGAACAAGUUCCGCGGCACUUGACUUUGCCUGUCUACUAUCAAACCCCAAUACCGCACAUCUGUCUAAAGACAUACUGCUAUCCCAAGUGCAUCAAAAUAAUUUUCAUUUCAUAUCGAUCGUAGGAUCUCCCUUACGAAGGGUCGCGGCUUAGCAUCAUGAUGAUUGAGGGGUCUGAAGAAUACAUUCUUUAGUUUUUUCAUUGAAUUACUUUCUCAGUAUGAUUCCUUGAAAGAUACUGACUAUCUCUAACUGGUUUCUCCAUUAGUCAUGACUGGCUUUGGAUUUACUUCUUAACUUUUGUAAAUUGCUUCCACAUAUUAUUGAAAGUAUUUUGAAUCGAUAUCUCUAUUGGCGUUUAUUUUAAUGACAGUAUUUAUGUCGCGCAUUAAUGAUUAACGCUAUACAUACAUUAGAUUUGGAAAUGGUUUUUAAUGAAAUGAAUACAAUGUUUUCAUGUUCAUAUAUUUACUUAUAUUUGGCAUUUAUAGAAUUUUGUAAUGAUAUGUAAUUGGAAAAAUAAUAUCGGCUUAUUAUUUUUCAUACAGUAUUAUUUCACUAAGAAAAUGCACCAUAACGCAGUUUAUAUGUAUUUAAAGGGUAUGAUUACUUAAUUGGUCAAAUUUUAGUAAAUUUAUAAUAAAAAAAAUAGUUAAAUUAAAAUUACUGGCUCACACUCCUUAACACUGGGAAAAUUGCCAUCUAUAGAGAACUGCACCAAUUGUUACAUCUUAUCAUAAAGUACAUAGUUACUAUCAUAGUACUAGGUGAUGUUAAUAAAAUAAGGUUCCUAUUAUAAUACCUACCUCGCUGUUGUUUGUUAUAAUGGCUAAUUUUAUAGUACACAUUAUUCUUCGUUUCCAUUAGAGUUGUAAUCUGGUUAUGAGAGUCAAUUUUUUCAGAGUUUAGUGAAAUAUUUGAAUUUUCUAUCAAGCUUAUGUGAUUUAUGAUACGACACGGUGCAGUUUUCUUACACGCUACGGAAAUUAAUGUUUAACUCGCUUCCGUUGAAUAGUAAUUCGGCUUAGAAUCAAAAUAUGACAGCAUUAAAGGUUGUACUCAGAUAUUAACUCACUCUGCCGACAUAUCAAUACGAACUAAUACAAACAUCUCUGCCUCAAAUCGCAGAAGGAAAGUUGUUACUGCUGAUGCUUCUUUGUCCAAAUACCAUCAGGGCAUGUGUGUGGUUAAACUAAGGGGUUGGUUACUAUAUCGGUCAAGGUACGACGACAAACUGCGUACCUAUUCGCUUAUGACAAUUUUGUGAGUGAUUACUGAUAAACCAACUAUGGACACAGUAAGGCACUGUCACACAGUUAUCUCGGAUUUUUGCGGUACAACAUUUGCAUUAACAUCAUACGUAUCGGCUAACGUUUUUGAGUGAGUGCGCCUUACUGUGAUGCCGCCGGCCUUUUCAUAAUAACAUUUUCCACAUUGCACUGCAUAGCACUUUCCUCAUUACGAAUUGAUAGACAAUGUAUUCAAAUGUGUACAUACAAAUAACGGUAUAUAUUUAUACCAUUCCAACAUUACAGUUCCUACAAGACUGAUAAAUCGCGGUGUGCGUCUAGGUGGCUACUGGCUAGACGCACACCCUGGUCUUUGAACUAAUAUUGAUAACUACUAGCAACUAUUGACAAUAGCUGUAUCACUAAAUAACUGCAGCAUAUUUGCAUUGACCAACUUAAUAUGAUAGUGUAAAAUGUUUGGUUGUAAAGAACUUUUGGCGGGAAUUUGGAGUUUAUGUCAUGUCCUGAGAUCAGUGUUCACAUUGCAGCCAAGUUGGAUUGUUUACGGUUGCGGAUUAAAGCUGCAGUGUGCGUAAUCUCUUACCACAGUAGAUGUAUUCAUUGUAGUCAUUGAGAUUUUUGAUUCUAAAUAUACGAUAGCAUUUAAUUACUAUUUAACAUUCCAUUAUACCUAAUAACAUCUUAUUGCUGAGGAAUUCGUUUAGGAUCAAAUCUCUCGGUGUGCAUUUAAAAAUAUUUGGAAAUUUGUAUUUUAAUGUUAUGUGGUAAGUAUUUGUAAUAAUUGUCUAUUGGUCAAUGACCUCAAAUUACAUGAUGUACAAUUAAUAAUCACGGUGUUAGCAGUUAUUUAUACAUUACGAAAAAGUAUUUCAUUGUCAACUAGGCAAAUUACAUUACCCGUGCGCCCUACCGUGGUACUCGAUUCAAACAAGCAUAUAUAUUAUGUAUAUGGUAGUUUGAACGUGUUAUUGCGUUUUUACAGUACCUUUAUUGUUGCGCACGAGUAGUGGUAAUUCACCCUAGUCUAUGAGAUAGUAUAUUAUGCAUUAUUGACGUUUCAAGUUAUGUGUGUUGAAUUUGUAUAGAAUACAUGUUAUUGUAACAUUUCCACACUGAUACAUAAUUGUAUUUAAUAUACACUGGACAAAAUGUUAUGGCUUGUGUCAUGUGUCGAACAGGGCAUAUAACCCGCUAACGACCGUGGUCAAGUGCGGUGCCGAUGUGCUACUAGGUCGCUGUUAGACACAGGCAGCCAGAUUCCGCUUGCAUCGGCUAUCUAAAUGGAGUAUAAUAAGCAGUUACUUUCACUACGACAGUGUACAUAUAGGCAUGUUGUUUAUUCCUUCCAAAUGUAAGCGAGAGGUACAUUAUGAUUUCUAAUAUGUUUAGGAUGCAGAAAUAGUUUUAGUUGAUUAAUUGUAUCGUUGUGAAGUAGUGUUAAGUUGAGGGUAGGCGCGGGCGACGCGCGGCCACGAGACUGAACUACAACCUGCCGCUGCGCCCCCGCGCCCUUUUACUUACAUGUCAUUAACGCUAAUAUACUUUAUCAUUCUUGUUUGGUUCUACUGUUAUUUACGUUUUAAUAUUACCUUCUCAUGUGUGUAAUCACUUUUUGUGUAUUUGAAGUGUGAACGACUGAAUUCAAUUUCAUUUUAUGUUGAUUUUCAUUGAUUGAGGGAGUAAGAUAUAUUAUGAAUAGAUGUACCUUGCAUGUAGCGUCGCAGCAUCGAGGCGGGCGCGCCGCGCGUGCGCCCAAGUGCCGCGCCGCGCCUGCCGACACGCGCACGGCUUGUGUCCGAGCGUGUUGUCAGUUUCCUACAUAACUUCACAGUUGCAUUUUACUACAAGUGUUUAUUGUUACUUUUGUCUCAUGAAAACUGUCCAAUAUAAACUUCACAAUAUUGUUUUACAAGCUUUUAUUUAACUUGCAAUGUAUGUAUGUAUGUCUGGGUCAAAUCUUGCAAGCUUAAUUAGACCCACUUCCUGACAACCGUUUUGAGCAGUAAUUUUGCUGUUAUUCGGAUGACAGUGCAAUUAAAUUGUCAUGGAGCUGGUCUAAUGAUGGAGCUGAAAGGUAGAGAUAGCAACUCUGUGACGAAACAAUGAAACCCUGUCGAGUUUGGGCUCAUUUGAUUUGUCUAGGAAAGUUUUUAGAGCAUUUAAAUAAAAGCUUGUCCUUAAAAAAGGUUUAAUUCAUUAUUAAUUUUUCAUACAAGAUUUCUUGUACCGCCAAAAUUUUCUUUGAAUUUUGCUGUUAUUUUUAGAACCAUUUUAUAAUUGGUAUAAGUUCUGAAACUAAUAACUACCUCAAUAUUACUAAAUGAAUAUGAUAAUUAUCUUUGUGCAUGUUUUUGGGAACUGAAUUUAAAUUACGAAAAUCAAUAGAGUAUAAGAACGCUAUUUUAAACAUAGUAACAGAAUUGUCAAAAUUA